CCAUCACAAAAUGACCGGCCGUCUAAUUACAGGUAAAAUCCAACGGCGACUAACCGGAGCAAUAUUUAUUUAAUUAAGAAAGAGUUAAAGGGGCCCCACUUUCGUGCUCUGAAGUUUCCCUGUCUGCAAUUACUCCUCACAGCAACCAUUUUUAGAUCUUCAAAUUUUCCUCUUCUGAAAGAGCUCCGAAUCAUUCCAGCAGGAUCCGACCCGGUUACAGUCCAGCUCAUCAACUGACUCCUAGCUUCGCUUGAUCCGAAUUCAUGGUCUAGGCAGUUGAAGAGUGAGUGAGGAAAAUUAAAAUGCAGCGUAUACCGGCUACAAUUGAGGAACAGUUAAUACUUAAAGCAAUCAAAGAAGAAUGUCCCUGGGAGAAUCUUCCGAAGCGGCUUCAGGCCACGGUAAAUUCCAAAGAAGAUUGGCACAGAAGGAUAAUUGAACAUUGCAUAAAGAAGAGACUCCUGUGGAACACUUGCUUUGCUCGUAAAGUGUGUAAAGAAGGUGAAUACUAUGAAGAAAUGUUGCGCUAUCUCCGAAGGAACUUGGCGCUCUUUCCAUAUCACCUUGCGGAGUAUGUUUGCCGUGUCAUGAGGGUGUCUCCUUUCAGAUACUACUGCGACAUGAUUUUUGAAGUCAUGAAAAAUGAGCAACCCUAUGACAGCAUCCCAAAUUUUAGUGCUGCAGAUGCCUUACGGCUUACUGGAAUUGGAAGAAAUGAAUUUAUUGACAUCAUGAACAAGUGCAGAUCUAAGAAAAUUAUGUGGAAGCUAAACAAAUCAAUAGCGAAAGAACUAUUGCCUACACAGCCGGUGGACUUUGUUAUUGAGCCAUGGUGGGGAGUUUGUCUUGUCAAUUUUACCCUAGAGGAAUUCAAGAAAUUGACUGAAGAAGAAACGGCAACAAUAGAUAAAAUCUGCAAGGAAGAAGCAAAUGCUUUCAUUCUUUUUGAUCCUGAAAUCAUAAAGGGGCUUCAUCGACGAGGACUAGUCUAUUUUGAUGUGCCGGUCUACCCUGAUGAUCGUUUUAAAGUUUCAAGGCUUGAAGGAUUUGUUUCUAACCGGGAGCAGUCCUAUGAAGAUCCAAUUGAGGAGGUGCUGUAUGCUGUUUUUGUGGUCUCAAGUGAGAAUUCAACUGUUGCUGAAUUGGCUGCAACAUUACAGGCUGAUCUUUCUCAACUUCAAGCGGCUGCAUCUUUUGCUUGCCGAUUGGGAUGGGCUGUCAAACUAAUAGACCCAGCAUCUAUUCUGCAAGAUCCUAAUGUUCCAGGGUCACCUAAGAGCCUUCUUAGUGACGAGGAAGAUGGUUCUCAUGCCAUCUUGGGCUCUGCAAAUGUGUCCUCUGAUGGCAGUGCUUUUCAGCAAGUAGACAUUCCAUGGACAGAGAAUAAUAUUAGGACUUCUGGUUAUGCUCGGGUUGCUUUUCUUGUUGAUGCUAAUAUAACAUCUUAUCUUAUGAUGGGAUCUGUAUCACCAGGUCUAAAAUCACACGCGGUGACAUUGUAUGAAGCGGGAAAACUAGGUCAUGCUAGUAUUGCAGAUCUUUGUAAAGAUUUGGGCACACUCGAGGGGACAAAAUUUGAAGGUGAACUGCAAGAGUUUGCCAAUCAUGCAUUUAGUCUUCGGUGCAUCCUGGAAUGUCUAACAUCAGGUGGGGUUCCAGCUGAAGAAAUAGAAAAGACUGGCAUUACGUCUUCAAGAAGUGAGGAUGCUACUUCAAUGACAAAGGAUAUUUCACUUUCUGAAAAAUCAGGAGAUACACCAACAGACAAAUCUGAGCUAGAUAAUGAAGAUAUGCCACAUUCUGAAACACCCCAAGUGCCUAAUGAUGAAGAACCUCUAUCAGGAACAAAAUCUAAAGAAACAAAUCAAUCGGACUGGGAGAUCAAACCAGAGGUCAGUUCUGAGACUGAUGAGAAAUCAGUAUCCGCUGACAUCUUAGAUGCUGAUAAAGAGUUGAAGAAACAAAGAAAAUACCGCGUGGAUAUACUCCGCUGUGAAAGCUUGGCUGCUCUCUCACCGGCUACUUUAGAUCGUCUAUUUCUGCGCGACUAUGACAUCGUUGUAUCCAUGGUUCCCCUUCCUCCUUCUUCAGUUUUGCCAGGACCAAAAGGCCCUGUUCAUUUUGGACCUCCCUCCCAUUCAUCUAUGACACCCUGGAUGAAAUUGGUGCUAUAUUCUGCUACUGCUAGUGGACCUCUGUCAGUUGUUCUGAUGAAAGGUCACUUAUUAAGAAUGCUUCCUGCACCAUUAGCUGGCUGUGAGAAAGCACUUCUAUGGUCAUGGGAUGGAUCUUCCAUUGGAGGUUUAGGGGGGAAGUCUGAAGGGAACUUGGUAAAAGGAAGUAUACUUUUACAUUGUAUAAACUCACUACUCAAGCAGUCUGCUGUCCUUGUGCUUCCCCUCAGCAGAUAUGAUCUCGAUGAGGCUGGAAGAGUUGUUACUUUGGAUAUUCCCUUGCCCUUGAAGAAUUCUGAUGGUUCAACAGCUCAAGUAGGGGAGGAACUAGGACUGUCCUCCAAAGAAACUUUCAAUCUGAAUUUGCUAUUAGAUUCUCUGUCUAACAAACUUAAUUUUUGGACCAUUGGUUAUAUUCGCCUGUUAAGACUUUACAAAUAUAGAGUCCAAGAUAAUAUCACACCUGAUGACGAGAAGUAUGAAUGGGUUCCACUAAGUGUAGAAUUUGGUAUUCCACUGUUUAGUCCAAAAUUGUGUAAUAAUAUAUGCAAGAGAUUAGUUUCUUCACAACUACUCCAAACAGAUUUAUUUGGAGAGCACCAUGAUGCAAUGCAAGAGUUAAGAAAGAGAUUGCGAGAUGUUUGUACUGAGUAUCAGGCCACAGGUCCAACAGCAAAGCUCCUUUACCAGAAAGAGCAGCCAAAGGAAUCAUCCCGGCAUCUUAUGACCUAUGCAAGUGGAAGGUGGAACCCCAUUGUUGAUCCUUCUUCUCCCAUUUCUGGUGUCUCUAGCGAACACCACAGACUAAAACUUGCUCAUCGGCAGAGAUCUAGAACAGAAGUUCUGAGUUUUGAUGGCAAUAUUCUGAGAUCAUACGCUCUGACGCCUGUUUACGAGGCUGCCACCAGGCCAGUUGAGGAAUCUCCCUCAGUAACUACUACUAAGGUUGAAAAAGAUGAUGCUGAGAAUAAAGAAGAGAUUUAUCCUGGUGUAAACCUUCUAUUUGAUGGAUCUGAGCUGCGCCCAUUCGAGAUAGGUGCUUGUUUGCAGGCUCGUCAACCUGUUUCUUUAGUUGCAGAGGCGUCUGCAGCAUCUACUAUUUUUUCAAUCAAAUAGGGUUAAUGAUAGACAUCUUCAAUGUUUAUUUUAAGAAAGAAGUGCUCUAAUGGCCAGCUUUUCAAGAGUAUCGUUGACUACCGUCCCGUGCUUUGCUGCUGCUGGUUUGUUGGCUAGAUUGUUCCCGACAUUGAAUUGAUGACAAUAUGGGAAGGUAUUGAGGUGGUGCUUCUAUUUGCACGAGUUUGGUAGAUGCAAGUAUUAUGCUGAGGAAUUCUGUUAUUUUGUAGAAGAGAAAACCAUGUCUACUCGUACAUGGAGCUGUGGUCACAAACUAGUCAAACAACAAAGAGCCUUCUAUUCCAAUUUUGCACAUAAGAUAUGAAUUAAAAGUGAAGGUAAAAAAUAUCAAGGUUUGUAUUCUGUAAUAUGAAAUUAUGGCAUUUGCAUAUUGAGGAAAAAACAAUGAUGUUGCUGAUGUGCCACAUUUUAUUUCUAUUUGUAUCUACUGCUAUCUGAACAUAUCAGCUGAUCAUUGAUAUUUAAGGCUCCAUUUUUGCUCAAAGGAGCUGGGUGAAACUAAUGGUGUAAUUUAGAAAUUUUUUUGAAUAUUCGAAGAUUGCCAAAACAAAGUUCUGAAUGCUCAAAGUGCUCAGAUUGCAAACA